AAGAGGGCGAGAGACUUGACUUUAAGAGACUCCUGUACUGACAACUCCAUGCAGUUCGGAACCAGAACGACUGCGGCUGAGCCAGGGUUCAUGGGGACAUGGCAAAACGCUGAUACUAACCUCUUAUUCAGAAUGUCCCAACAGGUUCCACUGGCAUGUGCUGGCAGAGUGCUGGGUGCAGACUUUUGCCCAAACCUGGAGGAGCCAGACCAGAGGCUGGAAGUCCAGGCCAUCCGCUGCACACUGGUAAACUGCACUUGUGAGUGCUUCCAGCCGGGGAAGAUUAACCUGCGGACUUGUGAUCAGUGUAAACACGGCUGGGUGGCACAUGCCUUGGAUAAACUCAGCACACAGCACCUGUACCACCCCACUCAAGUGGAGAUUGUGCAGUCCAAUGUGGUGUUUGACAUCAGCAGCCUGAUGCUGUAUGGGACGCAGGCGGUGCCUGUGCGGCUAAAGAUACUGCUGGACCGGCUCUUCAGUGUCCUGAAACAGGAGGAAGUGCUGCACAUACUGCAUGGCCUGGGCUGGACCCUGCGGGACUACGUCCGAGGAUACAUCCUUCAGGACGCCGCUGGCAAAGUACUGGACCGCUGGGCCAUCAUGUCUCGAGAGGAGGAGAUCAUCACCCUUCAGCAGUUUCUGCGGUUUGGGGAAACAAAAUCCAUUGUGGAGCUGAUGGCAAUUCAGGAGAAAGAAGGGCAGGCUGUGGCCGUGCCAUCUUCAAAGACAGACUCGGAUAUAAGGACUUUCAUUGAGAGCAAUAAUCGCACCAGGAGUCCUAGCCUCCUUGCUCACUUAGAGAACAGCAAUCCUUCUAGCAUUCAUCAUUUUGAAAACAUACCAAACAGCCUUGCAUUUCUGCUUCCAUUCCAGUAUAUAAACCCCGUCUCAGCCCCACUGUUAGGUUUGCCUCCCAACGGGCUGCUUUUAGAGCAGCCGGGACUGAGGCUGCGGGAACCGAGCAUUUCAACCCAGAAUGAAUAUAAUGAGAGCAGUGAGUCUGAGGUAUCUCCCACACCAUAUAAGAGUGAUCAGACACCCAAUAGAAAUGCCCUGACCAGCAUCACUAAUGUGGAACCCAAAACCGAGCCAGCAUGUGUCUCCCCCAUUCAGAAUUCUGCCCCAGUCAGUGAUCUAAGCAAAACUGAACACCCGAAAAGUUCAUUCCGGAUUCACCGUAUGAGAAGGAUGGGGUCAGCCUCAAGGAAAGGAAGGGUAUUCUGUAAUGCCUGUGGGAAGACAUUCUAUGACAAAGGUACUCUGAAAAUCCACUAUAAUGCUGUCCACCUGAAGAUUAAACACCGAUGUACCAUUGAAGGUUGCAACAUGGUCUUUAGUUCCCUUCGGAGCCGGAAUCGCCACAGUGCAAACCCCAACCCCCGCCUUCACAUGCCUAUGCUAAGGAAUAACCGAGACAAAGAUUUAAUUCGGGCAACAUCAGGAGCCGCCACCCCGGUCAUAGCAAGUACAAAAUCAAAUCUCACGCUCACGAGUCCUGGCCGGCCCCCGAUGGGUUUUAGCACUCCUCCCCUAGACCCUGUCUUACAGAACCCUCUCCCUAGCCAGCUCGUAUUUUCUGGGCUAAAGACUGUACAACCAGUCCCUCCUUUUUAUAGAAGUUUACUUACUCCAGGAGAAAUGGUGAGUCCUCCAACCUCCCUCCCAACCAGUCCCAUCAUUCCAACCAGUGGUAGCAUAGAGCAGCACGCUCCUCCACCGUCUGAGCCAAUAGUGCCAGCAGUGAUGAUGGGCACUCAUGAACCCAGUGCUGACCUGGCACCCAAGAAAAAGCCUAGGAAGUCAAGCAUGCCUGUGAAAAUCGAGAAGGAAAUUAUUGAUACAGCUGACGAGUUUGAUGAUGAAGAUGAUGACCCUAAUGAUGGUGGGACUGUGGUCAAUGACAUGAGCCACGACAAUCAUUGUCAUUCCCAAGAGGAGAUGAGCCCAGGCAUGUCUGUGAAGGACUUUUCUAAGCAUAAUAGGACCCGGUGCAUUUCUAGAACUGAAAUAAGAAGGGCUGACAGCAUGACAUCUGAGGACCAGGAGCCAGAGCGGGACUACGAGAAUGAGUCUGAGUCUUCAGAGCCUAAACUGGGUGAGGAAUCCAUGGAAGGGGAUGAGCACAUCCAUAGUGAGGUGAGCGAAAAAGUCCUGAUGAACAGUGAGAGGCCCGACGAGAACCACAGUGAGCCAUCUCACCAGGACGUCAUCAAGGUAAAGGAAGAGUUCACAGACCCCACCUACGACAUGUUUUACAUGAGCCAGUACGGACUCUACAACGGCGGGGGAGCCAGCAUGGCUGCCCUGCAUGAAAGUUUUACGUCGUCCCUCAAUUAUGGAAGCCCUCCAAAGUUCUCCCCCGAAGGUGACCUGUGCUCCAGCCCAGACCCCAAAAUCUGUUACGUGUGCAAGAAGAGCUUCAAAAGCUCCUACAGUGUGAAGCUGCACUACAGGAACGUCCACUUAAAGGAGAUGCAUGUGUGUACCGUGGCCGGCUGCAACGCUGCCUUCCCCUCCCGCCGAAGCAGAGACAGACACAGUGCCAACAUAAACCUGCAUCGUAAACUGUUGACCAAAGAACUCGAUGACAUGGGCCUGGACUCAUCGCAGCCCUCCCUUAGCAAGGACCUCCGGGAUGAAUUUUUGAUGAAGAUCUAUGGUGCCCAGCACCCUCUGGGGCUCGAUGUCAGGGAAGACGCCUCCUCUCCCGCAGGGACAGAAGAUUCCCACCUGAAUGGGUACGGGAGAGGCAUGGCAGAGGACUACAUGGUCCUUGACCUGAGCACCACCUCCAGCCUCCAGUCCAGCAGCAGCGUCCAUUCCUCCAGAGAAUCAGAUGCGGGCAGCGAUGAGGGGAUCCUUCUCGACGACAUUGACGGGGCGAGUGACAGCGGGGAGUCUGCACACAAGGCCGAGGCCCCCACCCUGCCUGGCAGUCUAGGGGCUGAAGUUUCAGGGUCGCUUAUGUUCGGCAGCUUGUCUGGGAGCAAUGGUGGGAUCAUGUGCAACAUCUGCCACAAAAUGUACAGCAACAAGGGGACCCUGAGGGUCCACUACAAGACCGUGCAUCUGCGAGAGAUGCACAAAUGCAAAGUCCCGGGCUGCAACAUGAUGUUUUCCUCUGUGCGGAGCCGGAAUCGGCACAGCCAGAACCCCAAUCUCCACAAAAACAUUCCCUUCACUUCCAUAGAUUAGUCCCAGAACGGACCCCACAGAUGCCAGCUCUCACCAGAUGGCCUACAUGUUCGAACCGCCAU